AUGGUAUGCGUGUUUGGUGGCGAUAACUCGCGGGCGGCAGAGGACUACAUGGAGGCCGAGCCCGACCACAAGCCGAGCAGUCGCUACUUUCACACUGCAAGCUAUGUGGCGGAUGCCCGCGUCAUCAUUGUCUUUGGCGGCUUUGCAGCCGGCGCUAAUCUCAACGAUGUCUACGCCUUUGAUGUAGAGACGCGCGAGUGGAUCGAUGCCAGCGUGGAGGACGAUCCCAUUGCUGGCCGGCCGGACAGCCGCUCGGGGCACGCGGCGACAGUUGUUGGAGGCAAUGCGGUCGUUGUGUUUGGUGGCUUCUCGGGCACAACGCGCCUGGCAGACACGUGGCGCCUGGCGGUGGCGAGGACCGAAGGUCCGGGAUCCGACGUGCGCCUGGUGUGGAAGAAGCUACUCGACAACGGCGGCGGCUCUGGCCCGCCGCCGACAUGCAACACAGAUGUAGCAUACGAUCCCGAGUCUGAUGUUGUGUACCUCUUUUCGGGCCAUGCGGGUGUGGCGUCGUCGGCAACGUUGUAUGCGCUCGACGGUGCCAGCCGCGAUGCACCGGCGUGGCGACGUGUGGCUACCUGUGGCAUGGAGGUUGAGCGCCGGACCGGCCAUACACUCCACUGGUAUAAUGGUGCUGUUUAUGUCUUUGGCGGCGAGUCCAGUGCCCAGCUCUGUGCGACUCUUCUCCGUUGUGACGUGGCCGAGGGCCGAUGGGAGGUGGUCGACACAACGCCGGUGAACUCCCGUUGCUUCCAUGCCGCCGACGUCGAUAGUUCCACAGGAACUCUCCUGGCUAUGGGAGGAACUAUGGUGGACGGGCUAGAUCAAGGGCUGGUCCGGGUUCAUCUCCCGCCACUGCCACACAAGCUCUCGCUGGCGGAUGAUCUCGACACAGCGUUUGCCGCACUUGCCCCAGAAGCGCGGAAUGAAACUCCUUUUGGAGUUCCUAUGGCUCUGAGCGGCGGUGUUACGCCGGCAUCUGCCUCUGGGUGGCCUGCUCGUUGCUCUCUUGUGGGCACGAUUCUUGCUGAGUACAUUGCAGUUGGGGCGAGCAAGACGCUGCAUGCUGAUGACGGACGGGUGUCCGUCAUUGACGCUGCACGGGUGUACUCAAGUGCUCUGGAUGCAGGCCUCGACGCCUUUGCCAACCAUGUGGCAGUCACAUGCCUCUUAGAUCCGCCUGGGGCAUGGGACGAGCUCUUGGCUUCGUCCGAGCUGGGCAGCCUCGGACCCACUGCACUUGCCGGCCUCAUGCGAGCCCAUGCCUCACGGCCUCCUGUCUUCGGCCAGCAGGCACUGAGGAUUGACCGAAUGAGGCAACAGUUGGAACACGCUGCCGAAACCGGCGACUACGACCUUGUGGCCAACGAUGGGACUCGGAUUCGGGUCCACACCUUUGUGCUCUGUGCGCGCUCGCCGAUGUGUGCUGCCCUCAUUGGUGGGGCCGGCUUGCUCAUGGCCGAGGGUGCAAGCGACGAUUGGCAGGUUCGACUUGGCGAAGCAGCUGAGCCGCUUACGGCUACCGCGCUCCAGGCGCUUGUCGAGUUCAUAUACACCGGCUCUGUUGAUCUUGUUCUUGCCGAUGCUACUGUUGCUGCCUCGCUCGUUCAAGCUCAUGCCUACCUUGGUUUCCGGUCUGAGGUUCUUCCGAGCGCUGUCCAAGCGUCAAUGGACGGCAUUGGAAGCGGCUUGAGUGCGCUUGUUGCCGCCAUCGACGCUGCUAAGCGAGCUGGGGGGCCUCAGAUUGUUGACGGGCUUCUGGCACAGAUUGCUGCUGUGGUAACAGGAUCAGCUGACCCGCGCAGUCUCAGACCUGAACUUGAGCGACUGGAUGCAGAAGAACUUGUCUCCCUUGUCUACGCUGUGGCAGACAUGGCGGAUGGUAAUACCGAUGAAUAA